AUUUGAGCAGAAUUUAUCCUUGGAAUACUAGUUUUUGCUACAAUGAUGCAAAAAACUAGUAACCAAUGGCAUGUGAAAUCAAAACUCUCUCCAUUACGAAACUCUCAAUUCUUGAAAAUCCUUCAACUUUCGCACUCAAACAACAAAAAUUCAGCAGAUUUAAAUAAAGAAUGUCCAAAAGUCUUAUUUUGCUGCAGAAUAGGAAACUCUUGCGCGUCGUGACUUGCAUUCUGCAACGCCAUUUAUGCUUCCAGGGAACUGGUGUUUAGAGAGGAGUGAUGGCAGCAGUUGAAGCGGAAAGAAAUCCGGCCGUGUCGCCUGUGGCGCCGCUUGCGCCGGUGACUAUGGAGCGCCCGGUGCGCACAGACCUCGAAACUUCAAUUCCGAAGCCCUACUUGGUAAGAGGAAUGGUUGCUGCUGAUAUGGAACACCCUGAUGGAACUCCUGGGCGUAUGCAUCGUGACAUGAGUGUCCUGCAGCAGCAUUGUGCUUUCUUUGAUCUAGACGACAACGGUAUCAUUUAUCCAUGGGAAACUUAUGAUGGACUGAGGAGAAUUGGGUUCCAUGCUGUUGUAUCACUUGUAUUGGCUAUUUUCUUCAAUAUGGGAUUGAGUUAUCCUACCCUCCCAGGAUGGCUUCCUUCUCCAUUUUUUCCUAUAUACAUAUCUAAUAUCCACAAGGCCAAGCAUGGAAGCGAUACUGGAACCUUCGACUCAGAAGGAAGGUACGCGCGCGCUUAUGUUUCGAUUCCCAGGCCGCAGCACAAUAAAACAACUAGUUCGAUUUUCAGAUUCUCCCCCGCGUCUUUUGAGAGCAUCUUCAGCAAGCACGGUAGAGCAUUUCCGGAUAAGCUUACGUUAAGAGAGUUGUGGAACAUGACCGAAGCCAACAGAGACUCCUUCGACAUCGUUGGAUGGAUUGCAAGUAAAGUGGAGUGGGGUGUCCUCUACUUCCUAGCUAGAGAUGGAGAUGGUUUGUUGUCUAAAGAGGCGAUUAGAGGGUUGUACGAUGGCAGUUUGUUUCACUACUGUGCUCGGAUGCAUAUGCAAAAUAAACGCUCUUCCAAAUGAAUUAUUAUUACCUUCAGCAACACAAUAAACAACAGUACUACACGGAUUCUGGGAAAUUAACUAGCUAUUUUCUGCAUAAUUAAUGGAAAUCUAAGAUACUACUUUUUACCAACUGAUUUUCAGAUCAUUUUACCAGGUUGUUUUUGCAUGUUUUGGAUGCUUAACUGAGUGGGAAUUAAUGAACCUAUGCACUAUAUUCAAGAAUUUGGAUAUUAUCAACUAAAUUCCAUAUAUGGGAUUUGAAUUACUAAACUAUUCUUAAUUAUGAAUUGGUUUGAUUAGUAAAAUUUAAUACUAAGUCGUAGCAUACGAUGUACUCCCUCCGU